AUCUCACCGCUCCAUGACAACCACCACGCCAGUAAACGACAAAAAAUAUGCUAGGGACGCGCUUCCGUUUCCACGUACAACCUAAAUAACUCAAAAACAAUAACAAGAAACUGGGAAUUAUUCUCCUCGAUGUCAUAACAUUUCAUCGAAAGUUUGCAGCCAAGGAUACCUAAUGCCCUCAGGACUUGCGCAGGCCUUCAUGCCAAUUCUGCCGGUGGACUUUUCCCCCCUCAACUUUCAGGAAGGCGAAUGAAAUUAGGAAAAUAAUGUCAGCCAGGGAAGAUGCUAUAUCCCCAGACGAGUUGAGAAAAAAGCUCUAUAAAACGCUGAGAGAUCGGGGAGUGCUGGAUACACUCAAAACUCAUCUGCGUAACCAACUCAUCCACGAGUUAAAACCCGCACCGUUAAACGGAGCAGAAUCAGCUGUGAGAGCCAACUCCCAUUUCAUGUCAGCCUGCAACAGCAUAGUGGCUGAUUAUCUGCGAAGCUCAGGCUAUGACUACUCUUACUCUGUAUUCUGCCCAGAGAGUGGGCUAUGCAAGGAAAAGGUGUUCAACAAAGGAGAUCUCCUCCAGGUUCUUAAAAUCGACCCUGAGUCGCCACUUUAUAAAUCCCUGUCACUGAGCAUUGAUAAUACAGGCUUUUUAAUGAACCUUGUGUCAUACAUCACUGACCGUCAGAAUGUGUGUCAGCAUCGAGAUGCCGACACGCAGACAGUAAGCUCCGCAAGUUACGAACAGUCUCUCGUUGAGAAGAUGAAAAUGAUCGACAAGGAAUACGAGAAUGUGAAUUACAGCGGGGAAAAGUGGUUUUCAUUCCAGUCUAAACUGGCUUCCUACAAGAGAGAAUUGGAAUCCCAGAUGCAGACUGAAAUGAACACAAAGCUUCAGCAUUUCAAAGAGGUUGAAGUCACCAAGGUCAAAAUGGAGGAAAAAGUGCAAUUUCAGAAGGAGUUUGACAAGCUAAAACAAGAACUGGAGAAAAGCUACGAGAUGAAGAUGAAGGUGUUGAACACCAGGGAGAAACACACCAUUGAACGGCUUCAAAAACAGCAAGAGAUCGAGGAAAAAAAUGUCUACAUGCAGAGGCAAAUGGUGCUAAAGGAAAUCGACACGCUGCGAAACAGAGAAAAUGAGCUGAAGUUGCGCAUGGAGUCUUUUGAAGAAACUUGUCAAAUACAAGAAGAGAAGGUGAAGACUGGCGAAGAGAUGCUGAGGAGGCGAGAACUAGCAGUGAAGACCAUGGAAGACAUGUAUGACCAAAAGUUGAAGAAUGAAAUUUCCAGAUAUCAGAUGGAGCUCAAGGAGGAUUACAACAAGAGAACAGAGCUACUAACAGCGAGUGAGAAUCAAAACAAAGAGAACAUCAUUCGCAUUCAAAAUGAUACAGCCACUCUUAAGGCCCGAUUAGAAGAAUACAAUGAAGCCUGUUCAGAGCGGAAGCGACUGCAGUUGGAUGUGGAUGCAGCACAGCAGCAAACGUGUCUGCUCCGUCAGCAGAAUGAACUUUUGAGGGAACGUCUGGAAAGUAUGAACGACUUCCCUGCUUUAAAAGAGGACAAUGUACGGCUGCGCGGACAAGUCAUGCUUUUGAAGAAACAGCUGGAGGAAGCGCAAGAGGAGAAUCGGCGUCUUAACGCAGAAUUGCGUAAACCUUCCGACGAGCAGUUGGCCUUGCAGGCGGAGCUCCUCAAGCUUCAGAGCGCUUGCAAAUUGCAGGAAGAAGAGUUUGCCAAGCAGCAGAACGCAUUGCAAAAACAGCUCCAGUUUGAGGUGGAGCGAUGUAGUCAACUGAACGUGCAGCUGAAGGAGUGCGAGGAGAAACAGCAGUGGAUGAACACGCUUGUGGAGGACCUCAAGAUGCAGCUUCGACAAACACAACAAGCUCUUGAAAACGAAGUACUACUCAACCCCAAACCCUCACUUGUUGACCGUUCCGUUUUGGACUUUAGCAAUGACGGGCUGGUGUCCCACAACAUUUACCUGGACCGGGCGGCGCUGAGGCCCCUACCGGCCUAUGAACCCGUCGGUGAUAUUGGCCGGCUGGUGACGAGCGACUCUAGCUCUGAUUCUAAGAGCCUGGCGGAAUUUCAGGCUCGCAUGCGGGAGAUGGAGAAAGAGGCUGAUGUUUUGGCUGAAGAAUACAAAAAGCACCAGCAGAGGGCAGCGCGCGCCAACGUCUCACGUAGGCGUCCGACACCUUCCAGUCGGGGCGCCUCUCCUCUACUGACACUGACUUCUGACCUGCCUUACGCCGCCCACCUGUCAAAGAGUUUGACGCAAGCACUUUCACCUAACAAAGCCAGAACCCCCUCCCCGGUGUCCUUCCCAGCUGCUCGGCACAAAGUAACCUAUCAAGACCCGCUUCACAAGUCCUACGGCACCAGUAGUCUCUCAUCAGCUGAACUUCAGGGCCAGCAGUCAUUCACGCAUCUGUCCUUCCGCACCAAGAAGAAGCAUUGUAAAGAUUCAACAGAAGGUGUUAAUUCUUCACACUUGGCAGAAGUGGAUUUAUCACCGUGGUUGCAGUCACAUGACAGCCGCCUCUCCUUGGCCCCACGACGUGACGCGUCCAGCUCGGGUGAAUUGUCCCCAGAGCUGAGCCCCCCUCGCAGCCCCCAGCUCAAGAGCACCGCGCGAGAGUCGCGCAGAGCUCCAAGUCGACAACGCGUCUCCUCUAGCUCGCAUUCCUCGCCCCAGCCUGAGAGGAUAAACGUUGAGGAUCUUGCUGGCAUUUCACCAGAACCCGGCCACAUUCCAGAGCUUCUCCCGGACACUGCCGUCCCUCUCUCCUCCUCCGAGGCCCCCGGCGGCCCCUCCGUCCCCUGCCCACAGGACUCGCCGGGUCGAGCGGAAGCCUCCGAAAUCUUGACGUCCUCGGCGGAUGAGGAGAAAGGGGAUGAAGGACAGCGAUGGGAAAAACAAAGAAAAGAAAAGCAAGAUUUGAGGCGGCGGGAGCAAGAGGAGGCUAGAGCGAGAGAACAAAAGGAAACGGAGAGAUUGGAGAAAGAAAGUCUUUUGCAACAGCAACAACAAUCGGAGGAGGAAGACAUAAAAGGAGAUGGAGACAAAAGGCAAGAAGCGGAAGUCCCUAAAGAAAACUCAUUGGAGAAGUAUAUGAAGAUGGUAUUGGAAGCCCGAGAGAAGAAACAAGAUAAGAGCGCUGGCAGUGAGAACCACAUGAGCCCAGAAGUCAAGAGUUUGUCUGAAGAGAAAGAUAAUAGCAUUGCGGCCUAUUCGCACAAGGAUGACAGUGCUGAUGAUAAUUUUUGGUAGAACUGCUAAUUUACUAGUGAGUUUCUUUUUGGGAUUUUAUGUAAUGUAGAUCAAGGGUGACAAACUGGUGGUCCGGGGACCAGAUGCGGCCCUCCUCUUCAUUUUGUACGGCCACGAAAGUAAACCAUGUGGUACGAUUUCAUAUUCCUGGUUAAAAUUAAAAAUUAUGUAGUCCUGAAUUAAUGAUCAAUGACUACAGAUGUUAUACAAAUAGUAUAUUUAGAAUAUUUAGUUGUUUUUUCCCCCAACACAAUGGCGCUUUAACUCCAAUGUGGCCCGAAACUAGGAUGACUUUGACACCACUUUGUAGAUAAAGACAAUAAUGAAUAAGUUAUUUUGUAUUUCUUGUAACAUUAGAUGAGAAACUAGAAGAGAUUUUCACUUUUUCAAGUUUUUAUUAAAAAAAGAAAAGAAAAAGAAAAAAAAACAGGCCAGUUUGUAUAUGUUGUAUUUCUUCAUCAAAACAAGAUGUUGGUGUGUUAUUUCUCCACCUGAUUGAUUGAUUGAUUGAUUGAUAGGUAGCAUUAUUUUCUUCAUGUUUUUGGUUGAUUCAAAAGGAGACGUGCUGUUUUCCACUUGCCAGCCACACUAUGGCUAAUUUAAAAGUUGUAAGAUGUGUUGCGGGGGAGCCCUUUAACAUUCACAGAAAAGACUUGUAUAAAAUGUUUUCUAAUAGGAUUUACAUACAGUAGAUUAAAAGUAUCUAGAAUGACUGAGCUAAUCCUUUGUAUUGAACAAAACAUGAGGCAAAACAUGCCUUCUUUACAAAAUUAAUAUACGUGACCGUGUAUCAACUCUUCAUUCAAUGCAACAAAAACAAGAAGUUAGCAUAGCAACUGAUUAAAAAAAAAAAAAAAAAAAAAGAUUACACAACAGUAUUUAUACCAUCAAAUUCUGAUGCAAUUGUAGAAAACGAUGACAAAAAAAUGUGUUAAAAACAUAAUUGUACACAGGUCACACCUUCACACUUGUUCCAUUGGUGCCAAAGAACACUUCAGGUUUGAUAACACUGUAACUCACUACAAUUCAGUUUGUAGUAAUUGAACUAAAAUAGCAAAUAUGAGGGCUCAAAUUCAUUGCAAAUUUCUUGACUGUAGUUCUUCUUUAGCAAGCAUGUUGUUGUUAUGGCAUACAGUUGCAUGCUGUAAUGCAGAGUGUGAUGAAACUGUCCACAAUAUUGGGUACACCUGCCAAAUUCAGCCUAAAAGUACUGAUGUAAUGAAGUAUCUGUGUGAUUAUUUAUCCUUGUUAAACUAAAAAAAGUGUAAAUUCGAAGCUUGUUUAUAAUCCAAAUGAAAAUUACAGUACUUUAAAGCCAAACUAGCCUACAAAAAUGAUAAUAGCCAGUUUUGAAUUUGUACUGUUUUCCAUAAAUAUCUCAAAAUAAGUAUUGCAAUAACAUAGAAAUAAAUGAUGAACAAAGAUACAUUAAACACUUGGUUUAUAUUUUUUAGAAGCCUAUUAUGAAUGUUUUUUCUAGAACAGUAUUCCCUUAUUUAUUGUGGUGGUUAUGUGCUAAAAAAUAACGCCAAAUACAACCCCUAGCAAAAACUAUGGAAUCAUCAGUCUCGGACGAGCACUCACUCAGAUAUUUUAUCAUGUAGAACAAACUCGGAUAAAAAGCUUGAAAAAAAUAAUAAAUGGGUUCAAAAGUGCAACUCUUUAGCAUUCAGAAACACUAAAAGAAAUGAAUAAAAAAAACAUUGGUGGUCAGUAAAUGUUACUUUUCCAGAGCAAGUGCGGGGAAAUUUAUAUGGAAUUACUCCACUCUGAGGAAAAAAAAACAUGGAAUCAUGUUAAACAAACAAAGAAAUAACAAUCAAAACACAUCUGUAGUAUUUAGUAGCACCACCUCUGGCUUUUAUGACAGUUUGCAGUCGCUGAGGCAUGGACUUGAAGGAGUAUUCCUUAUCAAUUUGAUGCCAACACUCUUUGAUUGCAGUUACCAGAUCAUCCUUGCAGGUCUGAGACUUGCUGUGGACCUUUUUCUUUCAAUUUCCACCGCAGGUUUUCGAUAGGGUUGAGAUCUGGGCUAUUUGCAGGCCAUGACAUUGACUGGAUGAGUC